AUGUCGCAUUCUGGGAAGCCCAUUUCGGAGCUAGGCCUCGACUCGCUCAACGAUCGCUUCCGUGACUCGCUGAGUUGCGAAGCCAACAAGCCUGAUUUUCGAGAACUCGAUCUGGGUUCACCCGUUUCCCCUCUUCGGACCCGUCAAAGCGGCGGUCUCGCCACUGCAACAAGUAGUAGCUCCAGCUCGUCCGGAUCGUUCUCAGGCCGAAAUGGGCCCAACCCAGCUGCCAAAAGGUCCGAUUCAGCCCCAAACAACCACUCCGGAGAGCUGUCAGGCUCUAGUGAGAGCAGUCCCACCGCCGCCGAAAGCGUCCGAUCCGCCGGAAACACCCGAAAUUUCAAACCGGGUCAUACAAGAUCCGAUUCCGGCUCCACCCAUCCCUUAAUAUACUCGGGUCAGAGCUCUGUGAACUCUCCGCCACUCAAUGUUUUGCCCACUGGGAACAUAUGCCCGUCUGGAAAAAUCUUAAAAACGGGUAUGGUCCCAAACCGGAGCUCCAGAAGCGAUGUUUUGGGUUCGGGUAUGGGCAAUUACGGUCACGGGAGCAUAAUGCGGGGCGGCCCGGCGGCGAAAGGUGGCGGCAUAGAGGCGGUGAAUACUGUGACUUCGAGGGUAACUGGCGGCGGAGACUUGUUGAAGAGAACAAUGGUGAGUGCGGAUCCAGAGGAGGUGAAGAGAGCUGGGAAUGAGCAGUACCGAAGAGGCCAUUUUGCGGAGGCUUUGAGCUUGUACGAUCGGGCAAUCGCAUUGUCUCCGGCCAAUCCAGCCUACCGGAGCAACCGGGCGGCGGCAUUGACCGGUCUCGGGCGGCUGGUGGAGGCCGUGAGGGAAUGUGAAGAGGCAGUAAGGUUGGAUCCCAAUUAUGGCAGGGCUCACCAGCGUUUGGGGUCUUUGUUUCUUAGGUUAGGACAAGUUGAAAAUGCCAGGAGGCACCUUUGUUUUCCAGGGUUGAAGCCAGAUCCGGCUGAGUUACAGAAAUUGCAGGCAGUAGAGAAGCAUCUCAAAAAAUGUACAGAUUCCCGUCGUGUAGGAGAUUGGAAAAGUGUAUUGAGGGAAUGUGAUGCUACUAUUGCUUCUGGAGCUGACUUUUCUCCUCAGCUCUGUAUGUGUAGAGCGGAAGCACUUUUGAAGCUCCACCAAAUUGAUGAUGCUGAAUUAGUCUUAUCAAACACACCCAAAUUAGAGACCAACCCCUCACAAUCUAAGUUCUUUGGGAUGCUUUCUGAAGCUUACAGUUACUUUGUCAUGGCCCAAAUUGAGAUGGCAUUUGGAAGGUUUGAGAAUGCAGUUACUGCUGCUGAGAAAGCUGGGCUGAUUGAUCCUCGGAACAUUGAAGCUGCAGUGCUGCUUAAUAAUGUGCGUAUGGUUGUGAGAGCCCGUGCCCGAGGCAAUGAUCUCUUCAAGUCCGAAAGGUUCACUGAAGCUUGCUCAGCAUACGGAGAUGGUCUGAGGCUUGAUCCUUCAAACUCUGUUCUAUUUUGCAACAGAGCAGCUUGUUGGUUUAAACUUGGGAUGUGGGAGCGAUCCAUUGAAGACUGCAACCAGGCCCUAUGUAUUAAACCCAAUUACACAAAAGCCCUACUUAGAAGGGCUGCCUCAAACAGCAAGCUAGAAAGAUGGGUAGAUGCUGUUAGAGAUUAUGAGGUCUUGAGGAAGGAGCUUCCUGACGACAAUGAAGUUGCUGAAUCUUUGUUUCAUGCUCAAGUUGCAUUAAAAAAAUCCCGCGGGGAAGAAGUUUAUAAUAUGAAGUUUGGCGGUGAAGUAGAAGAAAUAUUAGGUCUUGAGCAGUUCAGAGCUGCAAUGGCUUUACCAGGUGUCUCCGUGGUCCAUUUUAAAGCAGCCUCUGAUUUCCAAUGCAAGCAAAUAUCUCCUUUUCUGGACACACUUUGUGGCCGGUACCCAUCCAUAAAUUUCCUCAAGGUUGACAUUGAAGAAAACCAAGCAGUUGCAAACACUGAAAAUGUGAGGAUUGUACCAACAUUCAAGAUUUACAAAAAUGGUAGCCGAGUGAAGGAAAUGGUGCGCCCCAGCCGUGAAAUGUUGGAACACUCGGUCAGGCAUUAUAGCUUCUAG